UUCUUCAGCAGCCAUCAUCCCUACGGAUUCGCGCACCAGGCACAGAACUACAAGCUUUUCUGCUACAGUCACCAAGGGGAAACCGAAGCCAAUCACAGCAAUGAGAGCCGUCGUUCAGCGCGUGGCCUCUGCAAGCGUCGAGGUCGAAGGCCGCGUUGUGUCUGAGAUUGGACCGGGCCUUCUCGUCCUUGUCGGCCUCCACGAUUCUGAUUCCGACGCCGACGCCGACUACAUAUGUCGUAAAGUCUUGAACAUGAGAUUGUUCCCCAAUGAAAGUACAGGCAAAGGAUGGGACCAAAGUGUAAUGCAGAGGAGUUAUCAGGUUUUAUUAGUGAGUCAAUUUACCUUGUAUGGAUUCCUGAAAGGCAACAAGCCAGAUUUUCACGUUGCAAUGCCGCCUCAAAAAGCGAAGCCCUUUUACGCUUCUUUGGUUGAUAGAUUCAGGAAUGCCUAUAACAAUGAUGCGGUAAAAGAUGGAAUUUUUGGAGCAAUGAUGAAGGUCAGUUUGGUUAAUGAUGGACCAGUUACAAUGCAGCUUGAUUCACAAGCUCCAAAGAAUUCAAAUGAUGCAGCAGAAUCUUGAUGCACUGGUUCUCCUGCUUUGAUGAAAAAGGCAUGAAUUUGACCCUUGGACUAUGAAGGUAGAAAUUGGAUCCUUCUUGAAAAGCUAAUAUUUCUUCCUGAUUGCAAAGAAGAGCAUUACUUUCUUACUUUUCCCUGGUAGCUCUCCUGAUUUUGGCUAUACCAUCUUCUGGCAUUAGUAUGGAGUCGUCUUCCAAUGAUGCUGUAUUGUGCACACAUAGAAAUCCGAAGACUCUGCUAAGAAAUCUGCUUGUAGCUGUAUCCUUUAGUUAUUCCUGAACAACAGAACAAUACGUUGGUUGAAGUUCUGAUUAGAACUUCAACUAUAGAUAAAUCAUCAUUGACAAACUUUUUAUUUGUUAUCCCGUUUUACAUGGAAAUAUAUAAUUAUAAGUCCAGGGUUUAGCC